AUGGGCAAAGCUGAAGCUCCCCAGCCGCCGCUGAGUCGCAGGCCCAAUGCGAAUGUUACAGUUAGAAUUCUGUUCUAUACUGCUGUACCUGGCUGGCCAUGGCGAUCUAGAUCAUCAUCGUCAGGGUUUCAAUCAUCCACAACAUGCCCUCAAGCUAGUCCAUUGAUCCCGAGCAUCAGUACCCCUGAGCUUGAACAUAUGGAUGGCUAUCUACAUUCAGAUACCUUCAGGGAGCGAUCAAUUGAAAGGCUGCAGGGAGCUGUCCGCAUCCCGACGGAAAGUUUCGAUGACAUGGGCAAGAUAGGAGAAGAUCCUCGAUGGGACGUUUUCUAUGCAUUCGCGGAUUAUCUGGAAAAUACCUUUCCUCUCGUGCAUGAGACUCUGCAACUCGACAAGGUCAAUACGCAUGGAUUGCUGUUCACGUGGCCUGGUACAGAUGCUGCGCUGAAGCCCACCUUGUUGAUGGCGCAUCAAGAUACUGUACCGGUCGAAAAGAGCACAAUCAACCAGUGGGAGCAUGCGCCGUGGUCGGGCGAUUAUGAUGGCACAUUCAUCUGGGGCCGUGGGAGCAGCGAUUGCAAGAAUCAGCUCGUGGGCAUCCUUGAAGCUGUUGAAACUCUGAUUGAGGCCAACUAUCAGCCCCGCCGCACCCUUCUUCUCUCCUUUGGAUUUGAUGAGGAGAUUAGCGGAAGGGAAGGCGCUCAGAGUCUUGCCCAGUACCUCUAUAAGAAAUUUGGUCAUCAUAGUGCUGCGAUCAUCGUGGAUGAAGGCGCAACAAUGGCGGAGGCGUGGGGAAGAGAUUUCGCCAUGCCUGGUGUCGCUGAGAAGGGUUACGUUGAUGUUGAUAUUGUCGUCCGUAUGCCAGGUGGACAUUCAAGUAUACCACCAGAGCAUAAUGGUAUCGGAGUCGCCAGCCAGCUGGUUACCCUAAUCGAGGCCAAUGCGUACCAACCCAGCCUUGACGACCAGAACCCGUACCUCGAGCUGCUCAAGUGUGGUGCAGAGUACGCCCCGACUUUCCCACAGAAGCUGAAGCAUCUCCUGCGCAAGCGAUCUUCGAAUAAGAAGACAAAGGGCAAGGAUGAAUUGGCCAUCGAAGCUUCCAAGGCCGGUCUUGCAGUCAAGUAUCUCAUGACAACGAGUGUUGCUGUCGAUAUCAUCCACGGCGGUGUAAAGAACAAUGCGCUCCCCGAGAGGACUCAGAUCACAGUAAAUCAUCGUGUCAAUGUGGGAUCCAGCACCGACAACGUUCUCCGACAUAUUACAUCGCUAGCCGGGCAAAUCGCAACCAAGCACAACCUGACACUCAACGCAUUCAAUGGCACGGAAUCUCCGUCGUCAAUUACACUCUCACACCGAGCUACUUUACUCGAGCCUGCGCCUGUUACACCCACCAAGAUUGAUGGUAAAAAGUCGACGCCAUACUCAAUUCUUGCUGGAACUACUCGAGCGCUGUAUGGAGAAGAGCUCUUAGUUGCACCGGGCAUUAUGACCGGAAAUACCGACACUAGAUAUUACUGGAAUCUGAGUGAGCAUAUUUUUCGGUACGGACCCGGUUGGGACAGGGACCAGGACGGUAUGGGAAGCAUUCACACUGUGAACGAGAGGAUUGGGGUUAGGGCGCAUUUGGAUACGGUUAGAUGGAUGGUUGGAUUUGUGAGGAAUAUGGAUGAAGCGGAUAUUUGA